GGGAGCACACACAGAACUCCAUCCACCCUGACAGAUGCUCCGCUCGCCUCACUCCCACUCAUCUUCCAAAAUGAGGAGCCUCGUCUCAACCCUGACGGUGAUCUGGGUGUCUCUCUGGCCUUGCGUGAAUGCCAUCCAUGGACUCUACAACUUCGGCCAGCACGAUCUAUUCUACAAAAAGAACAACUGCAAGCCCAUUCCCGAAAACCUCCUCCUGUGCCACGAUAUCGAGUACACAGAGAUGCGCCUUCCCAACCUGCUGGGUCACGAGACCAUGAAUGAGGUUCUGCAGCAAGCCUCAUCCUGGAUCCCCCUGAUUCAGAAGCAGUGUCACCCCGACACGAGGAAGUUCCUCUGCUCCCUUUUCGCUCCUGUUUGCCUGGACGACUUGGACGAGCCCAUCCAGCCGUGCAGGUCUCUGUGCGAGAGCGUGAAAGAGGGCUGCGAGCCAGUGAUGACGGCGUUUGGCUUCCCGUGGCCUAAGAUGCUGGACUGUGAGCGGUUCCCACUGGACAAUGACUUGUGCAUACCCCCUGCUGGGCUGGACAACUUUGUGCCAGUCACCAAAGAAGUGCCCAGAGUGUGCGACGCUUGCAAGGAAACUGAUGAAAACGACAACGAGAUUGUUGACAACUUGUGCAAAAAUGACUUUGCUUUAAAAAUCAAGGUCAAGGAGAUCUCCUACAUCAACGGAGACACCAAGAUCAUCCCUGAGACCAAGAGCAAAACCAUCUACAAGCUGAACGGAGUGACCGAUCGUGACCUCAAGAAGACAGUGCUGUGGUUGAAGGACAGCCUGCAGUGUAUUUGUGAGGAGAUGAACGACAUCAAUGCCGCCUACCUGGUCAUGGGCCAGAAGAUGGACGGUCACCUGGUCAUCACGUCCCUGAAGCGUUGGCAGAAGGGACAGCGAGAGUUCAAGAGGAUUUCCCGCAGCAUCCGCAAGCUUCAGUGCUAGAAUCAAAUUAAAAUGAGGUCCAGUGGAAGAAUCUACAUUACCCUUGUAGAAAACUGGUGAAGAUGAAGACGUUUAAUACCAUUCAAUCGUUUCAAAAUGGAGAGGUUGAACUAGACAACUGAAACAAAAGCAUUUUCCAGUGCACUUCUCUAACAUUUCAACAAUAGAUACGUCUGACAUGAAUCUUUAACGCACUAGUUUUUAUUGUUACUGAACUACAGCAAAAUAGUAUUUUUGUUAAAGACGUUGGACAACUUACUUUUAAAUGUUCAUAAGACACAUAAAAAUGAAAACAUCACCAAAACAUCGAAGUCCAAAUGUGUAUACUGCGACAUUUGUCACCUGAAUAAAGUUAGUCCGCGAUGAAUACGUCAAAGACAGACGUGAGGCGUGUCCAAGUGGAGAACCAGGGAACUGCAGGCACGCGACUUUCCUAUGAACAUUUCAACUUCACCUUUUCAAAAAAACUACUUUCCUUCUUCAUGCUAUACAGAAAGACCUCAGGACGGUACCGUCAGGGUCAGAACUGUCGCUGUAUCACCACUUUGCAAAUAGCCACCUGAAGUCGAUCUACGCAGGCGCAUGAACCCACACUUUCCCAGUGACGUCACUACGGCAACUACGCAGUGACGUCUCCAGUUACUUUUGAAAGUUUAAAGCCCCUCGUUAAUUCAGAAUUUGACCAUUUUUAGUGUAAUCUCAUGUUUUUAAGUUAUUUUUCUAUUCUUUAAUGAAUAGUUUGAGCAAUACAGUCACGUCAUUUCGAAGGUUAACAUGUCAAUUAGACGGAUCAAGGGCAAAAGUUGAAUAAACUCCUGAUCAUCAUGAAAUGAUUUCACUUAAUUUCACUCACUCAAUACACAGAAAAUUGUCUUGUCGAUAUCCUGAAGUUGCAAUCUCCCUUCUUAAAAAACACUUUGUGGUGGUGUGAAGUCCAUUAGGAAUUAACAAAACAAAACAAAAAACCCUCUUGAAAUCAUGUUGACAAUAAGACUCUACUUCAGAUGCGACUCACCAACAUGAAAUUAGAGCUUCAGUUAAACCCAAAAAUGGAGAACAAAGAGGAAGUAGUGCAUCAUAUGUGUAUACUAGUAACACAAACUCAAUUGGAAUCAUGCUACAAAUGUAUUCAUCAUAUUUGACACCAUGUACGUGGUUCAGAAAACUGAGUUUAGUUUCUCAAAAGUGAGAUAGCUGGCUAUACUCUUCCUGUUGUUAUUUCUGCGUGUUUGUGUUUGUUUACUACUCCAAGCGUUUGCUUGAUGUCCUUGUAUCCUGUUGAACUCACCUUUUGGCAUUACUAUAUGAUGACUUUGAAUGACAGAUAAAUGUUGUAGUACGAAUGUGCAAUAUAAAGUAUUGAGGACGUGUGUUACUUUGUAAAUAUGAAACGCUCUCGUAUAUUCAUGUUCAAUUAAAGACAUUCUCACUUGCUCAGCUCAGCUCUGCCUGUACGUAACUCGCGAAGCUUUAUGAACCAGAAGCGGCAUUUCAGAGCUCAGCAGGUGGCGCUAUCAUAUAGAAAUGACAUUGAGGUUACAUUAAAAUU